UUUUUUUCCAUGCUCCAUGUGACUCUCUGCUCCACCAGUUGGCCAGACGAGAUGUAGUAUCCGUAGCUCGCACUGUGAGAGAGCUCAGUGCGCUUCUUUCUUUACUCACUCUGUAUUCCAAUGCAAACACACACUAGCUCCAGGUCUCGGUCAUGGUCAAGAUCUCGUUCUCCAUCUCAUAACCGGGAGAAGAAAUACCCGAGGGGAUACCAGAACGGGCGUGAGUUCCGGGGCUACCACCGCGGCUUCCGGAGGCCGUACAACUUCAGGGGCCGGGGGCGGGGCUUCUUCCCACGCGGACGCUACCAGCGUGGCGGCGGGGGAGGUGGCUACAACAAUAACAACAACUUCCGCCCCAACUGGAAGAACUACAAGCAGCAGUACCCUCAGAAACAGCAGCAGCAGCAGCAGCAGCAGCAAAACCAGCAGGAGCAGGAGCAGCAGCAGCAGCCAAACCAUGCACGAGGACGCUCUCACAACCCCCAGCAGCGCUCGGGAAGCCCCCCUCAUGGUCACUCCCACCACUCAGACCAAUCCUCCUCGCCUCUAUCCAGACACUCCCAGCAUUCGUCCUCUUCCUCACACUCCUCCUCUCCCAAAUGGAAGCCAGCCUUGUCGCUGACUAACCCAAACGCCAAAGAUGGGAAAGAGGAGCUCUCUGUCUCCAAGGAGGCCCAAAAGGGAGGAGGGGGAGAUGAGGAGACAGCGGAGCCUGUGGGGGUGUUGGCAGGAGAGGCCAAAGAAAGCGCCUGCAGUGGGAAAGCUGAGGGGAACUGGCAGGGUCUUAGUGACUGCAGCCCAAAGAGAACCAGCACCCUGGCGAGCUAUGCUGUUAUUGUUGGGCAGAACAGCCAGUCUACCAACCAGUCUAGUCCUUCCCCUAAAAUCACAAAGGACAUCAGCAAUGGCGCCCCCUCCUGGAGGAUGGUGGGUAGUUCCUCCUCGACAAAAAAACCCUCACAUGAAGGUCUAAAUCCAAUGCUCUCCAGCUUUGACUUCUUCUCCAACGAGGAAUACCUGGAUGGAGAUAAAACUGCCAUCUCCAUUGCCUUCAGACAGUUUUUGGAAGAGCAAAAUAAAAAAGCCAAAGCUCUGGAAAAUGAUGUGGAAAUGGAAAAAGGGAAAGUGAAUGGAAAAGCACCCACAAAUAUUUCUGACUCAGUGUCAAGAAAAUGCAAAGAGGACAAUGGUGGUGAAGUGUCUCUGAACAGCUUUCUGAAAGCUUCUCCCUUUCUGUCUGCUGACGGCGAGGAAGAGGAGGAGAUGAUAGUCAAGCCUAAUUCAAAGUCACUUCACAAAGACUGGCAAAAUGGGGAAGAGUCCUCUAAGACAAAGAUCAGGGUCACUCACUCAGCCCGGGAACUGUUUGAUGAAUGCUUUAGCAAAUCGCAAAAUGUGAGUUAUUCACAGGCUGCUAACUGCGACCUUGACUCGGUAGCAGAAGAUGUAUAUCUUAGUCGAAAGCAGGAUAGAGUAGCGGCAAUUUCUGCUGCCCUCGCUAAGAGGGAGAUGGCGGGACAUUUUGAGGAACUGUCACCAGACAUGGCAGGUAAAGCCAGGAAGAUGACAAGCUCUCCCUCCAUCCCAUCUCCUGCACCACCACCACCAAGGAGGAACCCUGACGUAGAGCUCAGGGGAGAGGACACUCCUUUCAUGUCCUCAAGAAAACAGGAACCAAAAGUAAAUGUCAGAAUGGAUUUCCUCGGAGAGAGACUGAUGAGCUCUGAUAUUUUAGCUGAGGAGCGACAGUUGUCCCAGGAUCUUGUUCAGUCCUCAAAAAAGGAUCAGGAGUUUCGCUCUAUCUUUCAUCAUGUUCAGGCUCCUCAGUUACAGAGGAGUCCUUCUGAGCUGUUUGCUCAACACAUAGUCAGCAUCGUUCACCACAUUAAAGCUCAGCACUUUCCAUCCCCUGGAAUGACUAUAAACGAGCGAUUCACCAUGUUCCAAAGACGAGCUGCAGAGAAGGAAUUGAUGAAGCCAAGAAAAAGCCCAGAGAUACACAGGAGAAUUGACGUUUCACCAAGAGCUUUUAAGAAACACUCUCAACUUUUUGAGGCGAUGAAAAGCUCAGAGGAUGGCACUUACAAGGACGGCGUGGAUAAAGUGAAGGAGGACCCAAUGGAUCUUCGUUUGGAUAUUGAACGGCGUAAAAAAUAUUCCAGCCAUGACAGAGAGUAUAAACAGGAUCGGGGAAGAGAUGUGGGAGAGUCCCCUGAUUCUAGUAGAGGGAGAUCUUUGGACAAGUUCUCGAAAAGCCGCAAGAGAUCAAAGAAAAGUGAAAAGAAGCGCAGUCGCUCAAGUUCAUCUUCUUCCUCCUCGUCUUCUAAGUCCCAAAAAGAAGAUUUGCCCCAUGGCAAGUCUGAUCCCAAAGAAAAAGCCUUUGACAGAGGCAGACUGGGUCAAACGGAGUCAACGGGACCAGAUGAAGGAGGAAGGCCUCGUGGAGGAUUCCAAGUCCGAAUACGAGGUCGGAGCUGGAACGGAGGCAAUAAUCAAGGAAACAGUUCACACAGCAACGCCAUGGCAAACAUGGAAGUAGACCCAAAAGCUGAAGACUGGGACCCGGAGUUCACUCCCAAGAGCAGAAAAUACUACUUGCACGACGACAGAGAACGAGAAGCAGAGUGCAAGUGGUUUGAAAACCGAGGGCGCGGACGGGGAAGCGCCUCGCGUGGAAGAGCUCGAUUUAUCAUCCGCAAAGCCACUGGAGGCCCCAACACCAACAGCCCCAAAAGGGCCCAUGAUAAGUUCCAGAUCAACGGGGAGCAAGGCAGCGCUCAGGAAGAGGAGAGACAACAGGACCAUAAAGAUGGAGGAAUCGAAGGGGAGAAGACUUGAGCAGAGAAGCAGGAUGCUGAGAAUCUCAAUUUUCUUCUUCGCUUUUAAACAAUCUCACUUUGUGAUUCUACACAGCACAAUGGACUCUUUUACGGCUCUUUUAAACUUUAAGAUUCUGACUUUACUUUAAACAUAACAAUUUUCCACAUAAGGAUAUAACUCAUAGCUAGUAGAUGCACUGUUUAAAGGGUGAAUUGAUGUUUCUCAUAAAAAUGUGGAUUUAAGUUACAUAUUUUUAGCUUUUUACGGUUAAGUGGAAAUGUUCUGUGCGUCAAAAAAAAGACAUUUGUAUUUUUGAGUAAGAGAAAAUCACAUCCUAGAUAAAAUUAGCGUGUGCCUUAUACUUGUGCAACUGAAUAAAUGUUUUGUGAGUGGGUUACAAGAUUAAUAAUCUCUAGAAAAACAGGCUCUUGCUUUGAGCUGUGUCUUAUCUGGAUUAAAAUUGCAGUAAUAAAAACACUGUAGGUCAUGUUGACAUAAGAACUUCAUUGUUCGGUCAAUGCAACACUCUUCAAAGACCCUGAUCUGACAUGGGACCAAACUGUAAAGGGUCAAAGGUUAUGCUCUACAAUCCUUCUUUGUACAACACCCAACAGAUCAACACAACUAGCUGGCUUAUGUGUUUCUCAUUAAACAUUUUAACAUCAAAGUACGUUACAGUAGCUAUUUGUUUCAUCGUGGAUAACACUAAUCAAUGUAUAAUAUUGGUGGUGAUUAUACUCUUUUCCCAAACACAUAAUUGUACUUGGCUACGUAGAAUUUCCCCAUAUAUACACCGAUGUGUUUUUCAUUUGAGCUUUGAAACAAGCCAAUGAUGAUUUAAUCACUUAUGUAAGUUGUGUCCAACGGUGUCAACAUUGUGGGAGAAACGCUCAAAAUGUGCAUUUGUUUAGAAAACAGAAACAGAGUAAAAAGAGUUAUCAUCACUAAAUGACUUGAUGUCUAGAAUAAGGCUCAUCUGUGUUUGGACAACUGCCAAUAUUAUUGAAUUACAUUUACAUUUCAGUGCCUUGCUGUGGAUCCGCUGGUCUUAUUUGUACAAUUCAGGCCAACAGAUUCGGAUUCACAUUUGACUGUUUUAAGUGUCACCUGCUUUGAGAAUAUUGUUUUUUUUUUUAAAAUAGAUGUUGAUAAUGUUUUUUCUUCUUGGAGACUGUAAAUUAAAGAGACACUGAUUACUUUAAA